GGCUGGGAGGACCAACCCGGAAGUGGAGUCCCACGUGCCUCCACGGUUUGUUGACGCUGUGAACGCGGAUGUUUCUGAGCUGCGUCGUCGUGAAACCGGGGUUUAUUUAUUUUGUACACUUAGUUUUAAAAUGAACUCGAAGUCAAACGGAGAAAAGGACGAAGAUCAAGAGUUUCUCGAACAGUUGUUGGACAAUUUGUAUGAGUUCGAUUAUGGACCUGCAUCAAAAAAGAAGCUCAAGUCACAGAGGAAGAAAAAAAGAAACCGGCGUGAGGAAGAGGAGGAGGAAGAGGAAGAGUUCACUGCAGUGAAGGAUAUUUGCUUUGACACUAAAGAUGAGCAAGCAACAGAUACUGGUACUGAACAGCAGCAGCAGCCUCAGACAGGCACAACCGCCCCGAAGGUGAGUCAGGUGGAGGUCGUGACUUUUCAAGAUUCCAGAAAGAAACUGAAGACCAGUCAGACGCCGGCCUCGGACAAAACACCUGCUCCUCAGAUCCCGGAGAAGAAGCAAAGCGACCAGCUCGAAGAGAUCAAUUUAGAAAAGGCUCGCCUGGAGGUCCAUCGGUUUGGAAUCACCGGAUAUAAGAAGGAGCAGCAGCGUGUUUUUGAGAAGGACAGAGCCAUCAUGCUCGGAGCCAGACCUCCUAAGAAGGGCUACGUCAACUACAAGCUGAUGCAGCAGCAGAUUAAAGAAAAGAAGCAGAAAGCAAAAGAGGAAGUUCAGCCGGACUUGAAGAAAAAGAAGAAGCCGAAUAAUCAGAGGGACAAGAAGAAGGUGUCGUCUGGCUCUGGCUCCACCCCCUCAGGUCAGGUGGGGCGCUUUAAGAACGGGCUGCUGAUCCUGAGCUCCAAGGAGAUCCAGAAAAUCAAAGGCAACAAGAGAAGCAAAUAGGUUUGUCCUUGUACUUCUGCUGAAUGUGUUACAAGAAACUGAAGCACACGAAUGAGGAGGAAAUGGACGAGAGCUGCUCACGAUGUGACCCCGUGAGUCUGAUUCCCUGACACGACCCAGGUCCGCGGUGAAACACGGAGACGGCCUGACGGGCGACAGACCGCUGAGUCAGAAAUCCAAUUUAUCGAUCCCCGCAACGGAGCCCGAGCGUGGGGCAGCACGUUAAUGCACGAGACUCAGUUGAAUCAUAUUCCAUCACAAUUUAUUUAUUUAUUUUUUGUAUAAAUGACCACAAAAAAAAAAAAGAAAGACAUUUGCGUUUUUUCUGCUGUUGUACACUGUAAAGGUUUUUUUUUUAAUUAUGCAGUUACAAUGCAUUUCUCAUAUACAAACCAUGUAAGUCUUACAAAACACUUAUAUCAGCAGGAA